AUCAGUCAAUCGGAACAGGCCUGGACCCCGCUGAGCAAUUUUUGUUGCUCGAGGUCCUCUCGUUCUCUCUCUCCCCCUGAUCCAAAUCGCCACCACUGUUCAUGUUUCUCCCUCUUCCGUAGCUUGCACUGCGUCUAAUUCAACGCCGCAAUGAGCAUUUCAUUGCAGCAUCCUCUACUUUUAGGUACAGAACCUGGGCUUUUCUUUUAGGUUUUGCAUUUGAAAGGAGGAUGUCAUCUGGUGGGGAAGACACUCAUUGGUGCUAUCAGUGCAACCGUUCCUUCUUGCUUAAUGGCGAGGACAUAGCUUGCCCUUACUGUAAUGGUGGUUUCAUUGAAGAGCUUAAUGAUGUACAUGAUGACGCGGUUCAAGAUGACUUCCAUUCAGCCAUAGAAGAUGAUCUUUCAAGCCAGGUGCCUCCAAUUUUUGAAGCCAUGUUUGCAUUGAUGGGGCGAAGAAAUCCGUAUCCAAGGUUUAGACUUCUUGAUGAAGCUGUUGAUGCUCUUACCAGAGAAAGAAUGGCUGGAAGAAAUCCGAACUUCGACGUAAGGAGGAGAUCCAAUUCUAUCCCAGGGCAGAAUUUGGAUAUUUUCAAUUCGUUUUGGUCAUUCCACGAACAUGCUCCUGGUCCAUCCUUCGCUAGUGUCGCUCCAGAAGGUAGAUCGAGUCAGCAUGUGGCGCUGGAAGCAUUAGCUGCACUUUCUUUCAACGAACAAAGGGAUCCAGUUCCAACUCCUGCUUCUCACUCUUCUAUAGAAGCAAUGCCUACAAUCAAGAUCAACCAAAUGCACCUUGGCACAGACACUCAUUGUCCAGUCUGUAAAGAAAAAUUUGAGCUGGGAUCUGAAGCCAAAGAGAUGCCGUGUAAUCAUAUCUAUCACGCAGAUUGCAUUCUUCCUUGGCUGGUCCAGCACAAUACCUGCCCGGUUUGUCGACUCGAGCUGCCUCAGCAGGAUAGCAGGCACGGUUGGGGAGGGAACAGUAGCAGUAACGGUGAAGUCUCAAAUGAGAGAGAGAUUAUCCUGAGGAGGAGGUUUGCAUUUCCAGACUUUUUUACUCCUCAAAGUGCAGGCACUCGUUUCAGCAGCAGGAUCGGUAGAAAUGGCCGCGCAUCUACCAAUCGUGAGCAAGAUAACGAGAUAAGUUACCCCGAAUGGCCUCCUUUCAAUUACUAAGUAUAUAUCUCUUCUCAACUUGAGCAUGUAGGUGAAACUUAUGUGUCACAACAAAUAGGGCUAUAAGAAAUAAGAAUGAGUUGUGAUAUCUAUAGCUGUUCCAAGAAAAGGUCAUACCACCUGCUGCUUUGACUUGCACUGUGGAAAGGGGGUUUAGAGAUGAAAUGAAUUGUAAAUAUGUUCCAUUGGUGAUGGAUGGCCUACCUGAUUAUAGCACUCUAUAUACUGUCUGAAAAGGUCAGAAAUUCAAGUCGAUCUCUAUGCUCGAUCAAGAUGUCAGAAGUCCAAACUCUGACCUAAGCAAAAUUCAGCUAGUUUAGACACAUACUCGUGAUGGCCGAGCAAGAGAUUUUAUUCGUUCUUUAUCCUGUGAGCAUUUCGGCAUCUGUGUAAUAAGCACAUUCUUGUUGCAUCAAAGAUUCUCACAUAUGGGCUGAAAUGACAAUGGCUUGUUUCGGACUCC